AAUGAAAAAUAUAAUUGCAGCCACAUUGACGACUCUACUAAUUGGUUUGGGUUUCUACCAAGUAAAUUUAGAUUCUGCUUCUGAUUUUGAAAGAUGGGCUUUGAAACACGGAAAAAGUUAUUACGGAGAUGAGAAAAUAUACAGAUAAACCAUUUAUUAUCAAAAUAAAUAAAUGAUUGAUCAACAUAACAAAAGAAGUGACGUUACUUAUUUAAUGGGGGAAAAUCAAUUUAUGACUAUCACAAAUGAAGAAUUUAUUAGACUUUAUUUGAGUACUCAAUCAUCUGAAUAAUUAAAUGAUUAAGAUAAAGUUAAAAGAAGCAAUAUUCAUAAAUCUUCUGAAAAAAUUUAAAAAGAAAAUAAACGAGAUUCAGUUGAUUGGAGAGGUUUGGUAAAAGUUAAAAAUUAAGGAUCUUGUCCUUCUUCUUAUGCAAUGUCAGCAACUAGUGUAACAGAAGGAGAAUAUGCAAUAGUCUAAGGAUUAUCUAUAACAUUAUCAGCACAAUAAAUUAUGGAUUGUAAUUACAGAUAUGAUGGAUGUAAUCCUAAUUUUCGUAGAAAUGAUGUUUGGGGAUCAUUGUUUUAUGUGUGGGCUUAUGGAUUAUAUACUGAAUAAUAGUAUCCAUACACUGGUUUAGUAUAGUAUUGUUAAAUAAGUUCUAAAGGACCUUGGAAGAUCACAUCACGCUGGGGGGAUUCUGAAAUGAAUAUUUUAUCCUUCAAAAAUGAUCUUUCUGAACAUCCUUUAUCAAUUGAAGUUGAGGCCAGUAAAUGGUAAUUCUAUGAUUCUGGUAUAUUUUCUGAUUGUAGUUCUGCUACUAGCAAAGCAAAUUAUUUUGCAUUAGCUGUUGGUUAUGAUUCAUCAGAUAAUUGGUUUGUUUAAGCAUCUUUUGGAACUACUUGGGGGGAAUCUGGAUAUAUAAGAUUAGCACCUGGAAAUACUUGUGGUAUUUUAAAUGAGAUUUAUUAUGUGGGUUUGAAGGAUUGA